AUGCAGGCAAGUCCGAAGACCAAGGCUCCUGCAAGGAAGGCCAUGAGGGCCUUGGGCCCUUGUCGCGAGAGUAUCGCUUCUGUGGCGGGGUUUCCCAGUAGUGUUGCAAAGCUGGAAAAGGUGUAUACGAAACCGAGCCAGGUGCCGAUUGUUCUGGAGGUACAAAGACCACUAACGCAUUGUACUGUUAAAGAGAAAAAGAUGAGUGUCUGCACAAAGCUUCCAGUGCCAACUCCCAUCAGCACAGUGACGACAAACAAGGCUGAAACUGCCAUUGCCCCAAAGGGCAACCAAACGACCAGGACCACGAGCAACGUAAAGACGUUCAUGAUUAUGAUGGUGUUCACUGGGCCUAGCUUUCGAUCGGACAGCCACGAAGGUAGCGUUCUCCCCACAAUAGCACCGCUUACUUUCCAUGAUAUUAGCGGCAAGGGAGACUUCGACCAAUCGGAAUGCAGCACUUACAAGUUACUGGGGGACCUACCAAAAAUGCUGAAGCUAAUUAGCCAGAAUUUCGGGGAUAUAAUCAUAUCCCUGAUCGCCGUAAAGUCUCAACUGUCUUCAGUCUCUGCGCCUGUUGGUUGUGACUCGUUCCGCUCAACAAGAAAAUUCCCAAUGGUCAUGAAGGCCAUUAUGAUGCCGGCAAGAAUGAGAAUGCCCGUCCUCCACUCAUAUCUAUUGAAGAGCUCUUGGAGGACAAGGGAGAAAAAGAUUCCUCCAACCGCAGAGCCGACUGUGACACACCCUGUGGCAAGACCUUCUCGUAUCUUGAACCACUGGCUGACCACAGUGAACCCUACCGUCGUGGGGGCAGCUGUCGAGUGGGAGGGCGUUAGCGGGCAUCGUGAAGCAGCAGGUGGUCAAACCCCCCGAAUUUCCGGAAGAAGAGUACAUACCGCAUGA